CUGGUGCGCACGGGGAUCCUGCGCGAGACGAGCGGGGUCCCCGACCUGGUCCAGUGCAAGAUGGUGGGCCAACUGGUCUUCCAGGUGAUCAGCGUGGCCAACGGGGCCGUCUACGUUUUGCUGGCCCCGCUGGUUCUGUUCAGCCUCCUUAGGCUUUUCGUUUGGGACACCGCGUUUGUCUCCGUUUACGAAGUCCUUCCCGCCCUGGACCUGCUCAAAAGGCGUCAACUGGGGUGCCCCCUCAAUGAUCUCAACGUGCUGCUGCUCUUCCUGAGAGCAAACGCGUCGCACCUGAGGUCCUACGGCCAAGUGAGGGCCCUGUGCUCUCUGGCGCCGCCGCAGGUGGGCGGUGGAACUGCACCCGGAAAGGACCUGGGCGCCAUGCUGACCCAGGAGGAGGUGGAGGAGCGGGAGGAGGCGGCCAUGGAGCUGGCCGAGGAGGUCGAGGAGGCCAAGGAGGAAGGGAAGCUGGACCUGGUGGACAUCAUGACCAUUCUGGGAGCCGCGCAGGGGAGAGUGGUGAACUGCAGCGAGAAGAAGCCCCUGGUGGAGGAGAAUAUGAGCCUGGGUACCACAACACUCAUCUACACACUCAAACGCAUUCUGCUAGCGGCUGUCUUCACUUUCAUCAUUUGGGACGUGCAGAAAAUAAUUCAGUGA